CCCGUACCCAGCGUCGUCGCAGCAAUGGGCGUCGGCUCGCUAUGGGCGCCUCUGGGAGCGUCGAAGCGCCCGAUGCCGAUGAGCUGAAGCGGCUCUUUGACAAACAUGACGUGACGCGCUCGGGAAAUCUGGAGCGACAAGAGGCCUAUGCCCUCAUAGAAGACCUGCGGCUACGCUAUGGAAUGGAGGAGGAACUUCCGGACUCUUUCAAAGACGCUGUCUUCAAGGACUUUGACAAAGACAAUGCCGAAACCUGGAGCUGGCACGACGUGCGAGUGUUGAGUGGUGAAGGGUGGCAUGCGAUGCGUCGCCGACUGCAGCGAGUCAGAGUACGGGGAGGGCAGAGGCACAACCGUGCUCAGCGGCAGAAGGAGAAGACUCUGGCAGAAAGUGCCUCUUCUGCCUGGGCAAAGGUUUCUGGGGCCGGUGCUGCCCUUGCAGCCAUGAAAGAUGUUGAGAAAGUCAAAGAUCUGGAGGAAGAGAUUGAAUUGGACUUCCACCCGAUGAGAAUCGAGAACAUCUCCAUCGGCCAGGAGGCAUGGACCUUUGCUCCACAGAUCGACAUGCGAGUGAUUCGCGGCGACCCGCGACGUGGCAGAGCAGCUCCACAUGAGGUGAACGAAGCAAUCUUCAAGGGGAUACCUUUCGACAGCGCUAGCGAUGCGACAUGGCAGAUCCACCGCUUCAAGGCACUGAACCUGGUCGCUGGCCGUUUCCGAGCCACCAGCUUGAGCGCGGCGGCUUUGCGGCAGAAUGAGGCCUUUGCGGUCAACUUCCUUGCAGCGGGUGCAGGGUGUCAGGGCCCAGCCGUGGCGGCGCCGCGGCGCAUGUCGCUGCAGGUACCGCUGCGAGAGAUGACGACGGCGGAGGUGGAGCAGAUCAGCGGGAGACUGGCGGAAGUGAAGCGCAGCUGCCAUGACUUCGGUGAGGCCCCGACGGCCGUGGAGGAGGCGCGAGGCCCCGUGGAGGAGGUGGUGGCACAGAAGGUUGUCAUGAAGACUCGCACCAGUGAUGCGAGCAAUGGCGAUGUCGUGGAUACCUGUCGAGCACAGCGACGGGUUCGGAAGCAGUUUGAGGAGAUCGAUGCUGGCAGACUGGAUCCGCAGAGCGUUUUUUCCAAGAUCUCAGGUGCUGAUCAGCGGGUGAAACUGAAACUCCACUACUUCCGGGAUCGUUCAGACCUGGUCCUUCCAGCCAUUGAAGACCGUUUCGUGACACACGAUGCCAAACGGGAUUGUUUGUUGCUGGAUCUUCCUCUCUUGCAGAGCCAGACACCUGGAUCGCUCUCAGCGCGCACACCACGGAAGGCGACACCACGCAAGUUCAAGGAGAUCGAGGUUUCUUUGUCACGGCCAAAUUUGGAUGAAAUGGAAUUUCCAGAGAUUUCUCCAGAGAUUUCUCCAGAGAUUUCCCUGGAGCCAUCCAGUUCCCAUCAAGCCUCACGCUUUGACUCGCAACGAACUCGUCCUGGCCGUAUUGAAACAGCUGAGCAGAAGUCACUUCGCUUGAUGAGAGCAGCACGGAUCAGAGAUGAACGAAUUUUGGUUGCUCAGCACAAUGUGAAGUACGCAGAGUUGGAGUGGCGCCUGAAUCACUUCGAAAUGUGCCGACGAAAGAAUGCGCGAAAGAAAUUGGCGACAACCCAACGUAUUGUGCUUUCGUGGCUGACGCUUGCUUUCGUGACAAAGAUGUGGCAAGAGGCUCUGCUGAGAGACCGAUGGCAACGGGCAGCACGAUCCUACAACUUUGGCGACCACUAUGCCAAUCGAUCAAAGGCACAUUGGCAACGAGCACAGAAACUGGUUCACAAGAGCAUGAAAGAGAGUUGCAGGAACAUGAAUGACUUUAGACAAGUUUUGCAGGUGCGCUCUACCAGAAGCAAAGCCGCCUGGAAACGUUGGGACCAAAUUUGGCUCAUCUUGAAGUUCAUCAGCCGUCUGAGGGUGCGAAUCAAGUUCAAUCGAGCUGCCGAUGCCAUCAAGCAGUUCAUUGACAGCUCCUGGCGGGGGAUGCACUUCCGCUCCAAAGUUGGAGUUUACCUGGCCAACGUUCGGGAGAGAACAACCAGAAGACUGGCCAAGGCAACGGGCACUUCGAGCAGCUCAUCGAUUUCGCGUCAACGAGAGAAGUUGAAAGCACACCUGCCGAAAGAUUACACCAAGCAGAAGAUCAACCAGCACCGUCAAGCAUGGGACUGGGACGGCCGUAUACGAGCAUUGCAAGACCUGGCCAAGGAACGGCGAAUCAAAGGACCACGGGAGGAUAGGAACAGGGAGGGGCAAGUCUUUUUUUCCGAGCUCGGGGAAGCCAUCUCCAACUCCAACCCUGGCACGGAUCGCAAACAGCAGCAGGCAUGGAACGUGGCCAACCACGUCCUGGAUCACUACAGACUUGACUUGGAGAGUCGCAGAAACGUGGUUCGCCUUGCCUUUCUUCAGUCGCUUGAGCGAUGGAAGAAUGCCCACUCUGCCUUCAAGAAAGAGAAGAAGCGGUUGAAUGUGCUGUGGCAACAGUGGCGCCUUGAGAUUCAAGCGCUGGGAAAGACACAAAAGGAUCACUGGCCGCCGCCACCCUCCCAUGUGGAGCCGCCUUCAGAGCUCUUCCGGGUGGAUACCAAGAAGAUGACGUCGUUGAUCGUUUCCGGCCUGGCACAGACGGCCUUGGGUCGCAGCCUUUUUGCUCGCGACAUCCGUGACAUGAGGGCCUCCGGCUCCGGAGAUCCUGAGGGCAGGAGCUGUUUCCAAGUUUCAGCGCUGCCCUGGACAACGGCACUGGAGAGGGGUCUCUAUGUGCACGUCAUCCUCAGCGACACUCGCUUCGGCGUUGGCUUGGGCCCCCUGGCCGAACUGCUGCUGACCUUGGGAGAAGUCUUAGACAUGCUCCGAGCACCCCAGGCUGCAUCGGGGAAACGGACAAAAACGGCGGUGGAAGCAACUGCUCCCAAGUCAAAGUGCAUAGCGGUCUCUGUGAAAGUAGCAAGUCUCAGGGCAGCUGGAUAUCAGGACUUUGAAACAUGGCUCCAAGAUAAAGGAAAUCUGUACGUGGGCCGCCGUGGCCGCAUCUUCAUCCAUGAUGGAAGCUCCAAGCGCAUCUUCCACUUCCCCGGCUCCAAAUGGCAGAAUCCAUUCGCAGUCUCCAAAACCACAUCGCGACAGAUGGCGUGUGAGAAGUUUCGCAGCGCGCUGCUGGAUGGGUCCUUAAAAGAUGGGGACGGCCAACCUCUCCGUGAGAAAUUGUCAGAACUGCGUGACUUUCGCUUGGGCUGUUGGUGCAAACCGGAGGCCUGUCAUGCAGACGUGCUGGCCGAACUGGCCAAUGCAGAGCCCUGUCGCUUUCAGAUGCAGCCCUUUGCCGUUGACCAGUCAAAAGUUCUUGUCCGUCCCCCCGUGACACUGGUGGCACAGUUUGGCGGAUUGAGACCCAGCUUUCAUCGCUGGAUCCACGUCAUCCGUGCCGAGAGCCUGCCGGAGGACGCCUUCCUCGUGGAAGUGGAGCUAUUGGCCAACGAGGGACGCGGCUGUGUCCUGGUGACCGGAAGAUCCGAUGUCAAAAGUGGUCCUGACCCCAUUUUCCACAAUUCCAUUUGCUUGGACUGGGAUGAUGAGACCGAUAUGGCGGUCAACUGCAAGGUGAUCCGCUCCGGUAUGGGCUUCAACCAGGAGCCCUUUGCGGAGCUCAGGGAAAAGCUGUCGCAGGGCUUUGUUGAUCCUGUUGGGCGCUCUGUGAGAUUAGACCUGCGCUGCUUGGACGGUACAGGGACAAAUGCAGAAAUCUCCUUACACUUUGCCGAGAUCAUGCCUGAGGCAUCUUUGAGUAUCAACAUCAGCUCUGCGACUGGAUUAGCGCCAAAAAGCGAGGCAUGGACCUUCAAUCCCUUCGUAGAGGCUUCUAUCUACAGCCGCGAUCCUCGCUUGGGCAGCCUUGGUCGCGCGGCGAAGGUAGCCACUGGCCAGACCGAGACGCUGAACAAUUGCCACACCGAUCCACACUGGCUGCAACCAGUUGUUCUGAAAGUUGUGCCGGAGCCAGACCUCUUCCUCCGCAUCGUGGCGUGCUCUGAGGUGGCUUUAGGAGUUACCAGGAACUGGGAUGAGCUCGCGGAUUUUGCCUUGGAAUUCCAAGAGGUCAUGAAGCUGGCGCAAGGCUCUGUGGAGCGCCAAUUCAGCAUGACAAGGCUCAUCGACAUGAAACGCCAUGGCGAAUCUCUGAUCUUCUUGAGCUUUGCACAGGUUGGAGGAAACGUGGGAGCAGCAGCUUUUGAAACUGCAGCCGUCGGUGCGAUGCCGAUGCCCGGCAUUGGGCGGGUGCCCCAGCAGGCGGACACAAGGAAUGACAGCCCAACCAGAGCCAUGAAACACACGACUGUGCAACUUCCAAUUUCACCCGGCUACAGCUUGCCACCACAGCCAGCGUUGCAAGGAGUCCAACCUUUGGGGCAAGUUCUGCAGGCUCAUGGUCAGGAGGUUCCGGACGUCAUCGCUCGGCUCUAUGGGCCACCGCAGGAGCCGAGGUUCUUGCAGACCCCUGCACCGCCAGCGGCGCCACCUGCACGCCUGGAUUUCCCGACCAUAGCCCAACUCGGUAACGAAGACUCCACGGUGCAGACCUGCGAGGUCCUGCGAGGUCCUGCGAGGUCCUGCGAGGUCCUGCGAGGUCCUGGCGUUCCGCAGAUGACCAGUGGCUCUUUGGAAAGUGAUGGAACUUGCAAGGGCCAGAAAUGUCCAGCAUCCAGAAGCAUCCAGAAGCAUCCAGAAGCACAGGAUGCUGACGCGCAAGGCAUGUCAUUGACCUUCUUGACCUGUACCACUCACCAACCGCAGCGUCGCCAGAUGUGGCCAGCCAUGGGGCCAUGGCCAGCAUUGCAUUGCCAACCUGGAGCUCCCACACUCCACAAAGACUGA